UGAUUUACAUGAAAACGAGUGCGGACGAACUUUGUGAACGGUUGUAGUGAAGAACAUAGUGCACGGAUUUAACGCUAAACAACAAAUCGUUAGUUGUUAAACACUAGCAGACGGAAGAAAACGCAACUGGACUUUAAUUUAAGUACAACCACAUAUGAAAGAGAAACAAUGCAAUUAAUAAAUACGCGUAAUAAAAUUGUUGAGAAACAUAUAUAAAGUAUUAUCUUACAAAAAAAAACGCGGUAUAAUUGCAGAAACUACCAAAGACAAGCCAAAGCUUAAGCUUAACUAAAUAAGAUUUUUUUUGUAAGACCAGAAUCUAAGCAAAAACUAAUAACAAUAUGUCAUUGAACGCUGAGGAUAUUGCUGAAAUCAAGAAGACCUGGGCCAUUCCAGUUGCUACACCAACUGAUUCCGGUGCGGCGAUUUUGAUCAGAUUCUUCACAAAAUAUCCGUCCAAUUUGGAGAAAUUCCCAUUCCGUGAUGUGCCAAUUGCGGAAUUGAAUAACAGCGCACGCUUCCGUGCUCACUGUGGUCGCAUUAUCAAGACCUUCGAUCAGUCAAUCAGCCAGCUGGAGGAAGAAGGUGGUCUGCAAAAGAUUCAAGAAAUCUGGGAGGAUAUUGCCAAAUCGCAUGUGCAACGCCAUCACAUUGCCAAGGCUUCAUACUUUGAACUGCGCGAAGCCAUUGUGGAGGUGCUGAGCGAAGCGUGUAAUUUGAAUGAGCGCCAAGCGCAAGCCUGGAACAAAUUGCUUGACAUCGUCUACGAUAUUAUCUUCAAGAAAUACGACGACUUGGGCGCCCAAUAAUGGUGGAAUCACAGGCAGGCGUCAGAGUACUGAAGUUAAGCACAUGCCAACAUACACAAACACAAACACAUCUAUGCGCACAUGGCAAAGGCAUGAGCGCCAACUGCAAAGCAUGCAACACCAAUUGUUUAAAAAUGUUUGUGAAAUGACACCGUUCACUAAUACAUAUACACACACACACAAAAGAAGAACACACACCCACACACACAUUUAGGGAAUAUAAACAUUGACGCUUUAACCUGCUUUUGUAGCGCGCAAAAAUUUUAUUGUGACCGCAAAGAAAAAAGAAAACUAAAAGCAAAAACAAAAAAAAUAUGAAAAUGAAAAUGUCUUUAAACAUAUCUAAGCAUAGUAGCAAAUGAAAAUUUACACAAAAUACUCGUAUGUAACUGCAACAUCCCACCCACGCUAGUGUUAGCCACAACGCCUUUCCACCGAUGCUGCUGCCAAACUAACGGUUGCAAGCUGCUGGUGAAUGCUGUUUUCUUUUUUCCUUUUUUGUGUGCAAUUUAUGUUGUUGUUGUUAUUACAUACAUAUCUAAUCUCGCAGUGUUUGUUGUUGUUGUUGCAUUUGUACGUCACCCCAGCCAAGAAACUUUUAGUCUCUGCAACGCUUUUAUACACACACACACACACCCACACUCAUAUAAAUAAACCGAACAAAAACAAAAGCAAAAGCCCUCAAAUGUACGUUGUACUCUUAAUGUUUCCGUUUACCUCUAAAAUAACAAACAAAGUGUUAAAAUAAAAUAAAAUAAAAAUAUUAUAAUUUUUUUGCUAAUGGUUUCUAAACUUUGUAAUUUUGUGAAUAAUAUAAAAUGUAAGAAAAUAAAUAAUAAAAAAAUAAAAAAAUAUAUAUAUAAAGUGUGAAAAU